AAAGGAGAGAAGGCCCUGCCCCUCUAGCUUCUGCUCCUGCUGCACCCACAAACCAGCCAGAGACCUCUGCGUAAUCACGGGUGCUCUUUAUUUACAGUUUACUUUCCCACCACCUUGUAGCUACAAACAGCUUCAGUCUUGCAGCCAGCAGCGAUGAGCUCCCACUCCCUCUAUUCUCUGGCUCCUCCCCUUUUCUUCUCCCCUUGGCUUCCUUCCUGCCAGCCUUUAUGUCGCCCCUAGCUAACGAGGCCGGCAGCUGUUCCCCGUUUGCCACUCAGGCCUGGGCUUACUCAGCCCGUUCCAAUUCCCCUUUCUUGAUUGGAGCGGGUAUGACAGAGGCCUGGCUCAGAGUUUUUUAGCCAGUACCCUGUCACAAUUAACAUGUCCAAUAUCUGUAGUUUGUUCUCUAACAGAGCGUGGCCCAUCACAGUAAUGAGGAUUCUUCCAGUCACAGUAAUUAGAGCAAAGUAUAUGUACUGGCACAAACUAAAAAUAAGAAGUAAACUGGGAAACACAUUAGUUUGCCAAAUUUUAACCAUUUAGGCUAAAAAUUUUCUGUCUGUGUGCCUCAGGUUGAACGUUUUUUGAAUAUUUCAGCCAAAGUGUUCAGCCAUUUCCAUGAACAAAGUUAAGGGAAAAUAUGUUGUUCUACCCAUGUUAAAAAAUGCUGGGACCUUUUCUUUGAGAAACUCUAGCACUCCCAUUUGGGAGCUGGGAUUUGAAAUUUGGCUAGGGGCUGACCUUUGUGUCAAGGUGUGACUAUGCCAUUCCCAUGAAAAUCUACCCAAAUGUCACUAAAUUAUAAGCCCUUGAAAAAUUGCAUUUCACACAUUGUCAGUGGAGAUUUAAGGUAUGUCUACCCUAGGAAAUUAGGUCGAAUUUAUAGAAGUCAAUUUUUUAGGAAGCAAUUUUAUACAGUUGAUUGUGUGUGUCCCCACUUAAGACAAUUAAGACCAUUAAGUUGGCGGAGUGCAUCCACAGUACCGUGGCUAGCGUCGACUUUCGGAGUGGUGCACUGUGGAUAGCUAUCCCACAGUUCCCGCAGUCCCCACUGCCCAUUGGAAUUCUGGGUUGAGCUCCCAAUGCCUGAUGGGGCCAAAAAUUUGUCGCGGGUGGUUUUGGGUAAAUGUCGUCAGUCAACCCUCCCUCCCUCUGUGAAAACAAUGGCAGCCAAUCCUUUCGCGGCUUUUUUCCUGUGUGAACCGCGCAGACGCCAUAGCACUGCAAGCAGGAGCCCGCUCAACUCUCCGUCAUCACUGCUGUUGCAGGCAAGUCUAAAGGGUAGUGACUCUGGGACAUGUGCGGGCCUGUUUAGAUUUUAGGCGCAUCAUAUUCCUCUCCUUUGUCGCUGGAGAAGAAGUCUUGCAGCCGUUCUCAUCAGUAGGACUUGUAGCCAUUGGAACAGCAAUGGUGUUUUGCUCACUCCGCCACUUCCGCUGCAACUCUGCCAUUCCGAGCUCCUGCAAUCCAGCAGCAGAUUGUGCAGUAUGACUGAAAGCCAUUGUCAUAUGUAUGACUUUUAGCGGUCCUCGGAGCAGCAAUGCAAUGUUGUUUUGCUCGCUCCGCCACUUCCGCUGCAACUCUGCCAUCCUGAUCUCCUGCGACCUGGCUGCUCUCCCAGCCAGCAGCACUGUGCGGUCGCACCUACCCCAGCCUACCCCGUGCUCCCAUAGCUCAUGAACCCUGGACAGUAGUAAGGAGCAGUUGAACUAUAGUCUUAGCAAGUGCAGAAUGGUGGUGCAAUGUGCCUUUGGAUGUUUACAAGCUCGCUGCCACUGUUUAUCAGACCUCAGUGCAACUAGCAUUUGCAUUGUUAUUGCUGCUUGCUGUGUGCUACAUAAUAUCUGUGAGAGUAACAGGGAGACGUUUAUGGCGAGGUGGGAGGUUGAUGCAAAUUGCCUGGUGUCCGAUUUUGAGCGGACAGACACCAGGGCGAUUAGAAGAGCACAGCAAGGCGCACUGUGCAUCACAGAGACUUUGGCCUGGUCUACACUACGGGUUUAGGUCAACUUUAGCAGCGUUAAAUCGAAUUAAGCCUGGACACGUCCACACGACGAAGCCCUUUCUUUCGACUUAAAGGGUCCUUUAAACCGGUUUCUUUACACCACCUUCGAUGAGGGGAUUAGCGAUAAAAUCGGCCUUUGCGGGUCGGAAUUGGGGUAGUGUGGACGGAAUUCGACGUUAUUGGCCUCAGGGAGCUAUCCCACAGUGCUUCAUUGUGACCGCUCUGGACAGCACUCUCAACUCAGAUGCACUGACCAGGUAGACAGGAAAAGACCCGCGAACAUUUGAAUUUCAUUUCCUGUUUGCUCAGCGUGGAGAGCACAGGUGACCACGCAGAGCUCAUCAGCACAGGUAACCGUGAUGGAGUCCCAGGAUCGCAAAAGAUCUGCAGCAUGGACCGAACAGGAGGUACGGGAUCUGCUCGCCAUAUGGGGAGAUGAAUCAGUGCUAGCUGAACUCCGUAGCAGUAAAAGAAAUGGCAAAGUAUUAGAAAAGGUCUCCAAGGCCAUGAAGGACCAAGGACAUAACAGGGACACACAGCAGUGCCGCGUGAAAAUUAAGGAGCUACGGCAAGCCUACCACAAAGCCAGAGAAGCAAACAGAAGGUCCGGGGCAGAGCCGCAAACUUGCCGCUUCUACGCGGAGCUGCAUGCCAUUCUAGGGGGUGCAGCCACCACUACCCCAACCGUGUGCUAUGACUCCAUCAAUGGAGAAACACACAGGGAAGAGGGUUCGGGGAACGAGGAAGAUGAGGAUGGAGGUAAUGUAGGUAGCUCACAGCAGCAAGGAAGCGGAGAAACCGGUUUCCCCAACAGCCAGGAUAUGUUUGUCACCCUGGACCUGGAACCAGUAACCCCCGAACUCACCCAAGACCCUGAGGGCACACAGGAGACCUCUGCUGCAAAUGUUUCUCCUUCGCAGAGGCUAGUGAACAUUAGAAAGAGAAAACGGAGGACGCGGGACGAUAUGUUCACGGAGCUCCAGAUGUCCUCCCAUGCUGAUAGAGCACAGCAGAAUGCGUGGAGGCAGUCAAUGUCAGGCAUGAGAAAAGCACAAUAUGAACGAGAGGAGAGGUGGCGGGCUGAAUGGCGGGAUGAAAAGAGCAAGUGGCGGGCUGAAGAUGAUAGGUGGCGUCAGCUUGCAGACAGAAGGCAAGAGUCAAUGCUCCGUCUGCUGGAGCAUCAAACUGAUAUGCUCCAGUGUAUGGUUGAGCUGCAGGAAAGGCAGCAGGAGCAGAGACCGCCGCUACAGCCCCUGUGUAACCAACAGCCCUCCUCCCCAAGUUCCAUAGCCUCCUCACCCAGACGCCCAAGAACACGGUGGGGGGGCCUCCAGCCACCCAGUCACUCCACCCCAGACAAUUGCCUAAGCAUCAGAAGGCUGGCCUUCAAUAAGAGUUAAAGUUUUAAAAUGCAGUGUGUCCUUUUCCAUCCCUCCUCCGCCACCCGUCCCAGGCUACCUGAAAUUAUCCCCCUACUUGUGUGAGGAAUUAAUAAAGAAUGCAUGAAUGUGAAAUAACAAUGACUUUAUUGCCUCUGCAAGCGGUGCUCGAAGUGGGGAGGGGAGGGUGGGGGUGGUUGGUUUACAGGGAAGUAGAGUGAACUGGGUGGGGGGGGGCGGAGGGUUCAUCAAGGAGAAACAAACAGAAGUUUCACACCGUAACCUGGCCAGUCACAAAACUCAUUUUCAAAGCUUCUCUGAUGCGCCCUGCUGUGCUCCUCUAACCGCCAUAAAUGUCUCCCCCUUACUCUCACAGAUAUUGUGGAGCACACGGCAAGCAGCAAUAACAAUGGGGAUAUUCUUUUCGCUGAGGUCUGAGUGAGUCAGUAAGCUGCGCCAGCGCGCUUUUAAACGUCCAAAUGCACAUUCCACCACCAUUCGGCACUUGCUCAGCCUAUAGUUGAAGAGGUCCUGACUCCUGUCCAGCUGCCUGUGUACGGCUUCAUGAGCCAUGGCAUUAAGGGGUAGGCUGGGUCCCCAAGGAUCACGAUAGGCAUUUCAACAUCCCCAACGGUUACUUUCUGGUCUAGGAAGAAAGUCCCUUCCUCCAGGUUUCGAAACAGACCAGAGUGCCUGAAGACGCGAGCAUCAUGUACCUUUCCCGGCCAUCCCACGUUGAUGUUGGUGAAACGUCCCUUGUGAUCCACCAGGGCUUGCAGCACCAUUGAAAAGUACCCCUUGCGGUUUAUGUACUCGGUGGCUUGGUGCUCCGGUGCCAAGAUAGGGAUAUGGCUUCCGUCUAUGGCCCCACCACAGUUUGGGAAUCCCAUUUCAGCAAAACCAUCCACUAUUGCCUGCACGUUGCCCAAAGUCACUACCCUUGAUAUCACCAGGUCUUUCAUUGCCCUGUCAACUUGGAUCACAGCAGCCCCCACAGUAGAUUUGCCCACUCCAAAUUGAUUCCUGACUGACUGGUAACUGUCUGGUGUUGCAAGCUUCCACAGGGCUAUCGCCACUCGCUUCUCAACUGUGAGGGCUGCUCUCAUCUUGGUAUUCUGGCGCUUCAGGGCAGGGGAAAGCAAGUCACAAAGUUCCAUGAAAGUGCCCUUACGUAUGCGAAAGUUUCGCAGCCACUGGGAAUCGUCCCACACCUGCAGCAUGAUGCGGUCCCACCAGUCUGUGCUUGUUUCCCGGGCCCAGAAUCGGCGUUCCACACCAUGAACCUGCCCCAGUGACACCAUGAUUUCCACAUUGCUGGGGCUUGUGCCUUGUGAGAGGUCUAUGUCCAUGUCAAUUUCCUCAUCACUCUCUUCACCGUGCUGCAAUUGCCUCCUCGGCUGGUCCGGGUUUCGCCUUGGCAUGUCCUGGCUCUGCAUAUACUCCAGGACAAUGCGCGUGGUGUUCAUAGUGGUCAUAAUUGCCACGGUGAUCUGAGCGGGCUCCAUGAUCCCAGUGCUAGGUAUGGCGCCUGGUCUGAAAAA